UCGGAGAUGUGGCUUUUAAAAGCAGAAUUGAUGUUUCUUGAUUAAAAUAACCUAGCUAAGAUAGCUGCCAACAAGACUUGAACAUCCACAGCCAGGAGCAUUUAUUGUUUUGAUUACUCAAUGGCUUUCUCUGCUGGGAAAUCAUGUCCAGUAUUAAACAUCUUGAUCUUUAUCCUCACCAUUGCAACUGGUGUGCUAUGUAAUGAGUUGAAGGUUAGCUACUCUGCGCCUUAUCGAGCUGUUACGAAAGGAAACAAUGUCACCCUGCACUGUUUCAUUGAAAACUUGCCUGCGGACAAUAAUAGAAACAUCAAGUGGUAUAAACAUGGACAACCUCCCACUGAAUUGAAAAGUGCAAUCACUAGGAACCGCGAAGCCUGGCUUAGAAUUUCCAAUGCAAAUAAAUUGCAUUCAGGAAUUUACUACUGUGGUCUCCAGAAGGAAAACGUUGAGAAACUUCAGUGUGGGGCAGAAGUGAAUGUGCAAAUGAAAUCCACUGAUGUGAAAAGGCUGAAAUCUGCGGACACAAUGAAAGACAUGUUGAUUUUAAUCCAGGGAAUAUUGUUGGUCCUUUGUCUCACUCUGCCAGGAAUGCUGUUUUUUGGCAAAAACAAUCAAAGGAAAAAGAAAAAUGAUGAAGCCGAGACUUACCACAUGUAUGAGGGUUUGGAAGUUAUGCAAACAGCCAUGUAUGAGGACAUUGGCAACAUGAGACCAUCUGAAGAUAAAUGGUCUGCUGCUGAGCAGCCUAACGAGUAAAUUCCACAAUCACAUCAUGAAUCCACAACAGUGUUCACCUGAACAAUAUUAUAAUAGAAAUAAUGACAUGUUGAAAAUGAUAUUAUUGACUCAAGAAAGAACAGCAGCAUGCAGAAUGUGGUUAAGCGAUGGUCUGCAGAAGUGAAUGUGGUUCCCGGUUGAUCCUGAGUUAGGAUGUAAAUGCACAACAUAAUCGCAAAUUGGAAUGCCAGCCCCAACAUGGGGAAAGGAUCUGUAGAUCAUCUCCUGCCUGUCCUUUGUUUCAUGAAGCUUGCACAGGUUUUGCUUGAUUUCAUUCUUCGACAAUGGGUGGUCUCACGUAAGAAGGAAUUGACUGCACAAGUAAAAUAGCUGUUAGAUUAGAUAUAACAUUCUGAAGGUGCUAAUUGCCAAUUUAUCAAAAUUUAAUCUGCACAAUUUAAUGAAGGAUUAUAAGAAUUGACGUAUUUUGUGAAACAGAGAUGUAAACUAAAUCCAUGUUGUGUUUGGAUAAUAGUCACAAAAAGUAGAUAUAAAUAAGCUGAUCAUGUUUGUACUUCAUGCAUAAAGAAUGAAGGAUGCUCCACAAGUGAAAAAACUAGCACAGGAAUACUUUUUGCUGUGUUGCUAAAUACAAAAUGCUCCAUUAUAUUAAGUUGAAUUGAUGAGCAAAAAGUUGAUGAGGUGGUUACUAAUAAGGUAUGAUAAUCAUCUUACUUCAGGGAUCUGAAUAGGGGAAAAUUAAUUUCUUUGUCCUAACAUACUGUGGACAAAAGUGCACAUGAGCUGAAGAUUGCUUUAAAUGGCCAAGGUGAUAGCAUUAACUGUAGGUGACAUUUGAGUGGUUUGGCAAUGUCAGCUCAACCCCAGGAAUGACAUGACAUUCAUAAACCACACUCAAAACAAACUGCAGUUUAUAUGAAUUCUUUAAAGUGAAUCCAGGUGAACUGCAUGGAUAUAUUGCUUCUCUGUUAAUUUGUUGAGCUUUCUAUUGAUUUCACCUCAACUGGUGCCAUGGUAGACAGGUAUCAGUUUUUACUAACUAACUCAAAUGAUUUAACCAAAGGUGACACCAUACUUACAUAUUUUAAUAUAUGGGGAUUUACUUCAAGUUAUUUCAAAAGGAAUCUUCCACCUUGUAUGUAUUGUGUAAAUAGCUGAAGGAGUGUAUGCUGUUAUUAAGGAUAAUGUAUUCACUUGCAAAUGUAUUUGUUUAAACUUGCAGUAAAUGCUGUUUUUUCGUCAUCUGCUGUAGACUUCCUAGGAAGAUUAUAAAUUUAUAGAGUUUGAUAGAUCUUGAUAUCCUUGAUUCUUGAUCAUUUAGUUGCUUUUGAUUUUUUUAGAGAAACUACAGCUCUACCAUCACAUCAGGAAUUAACAAUUGUUUUCUGAAUUACUGCUUCAUUUUGCCUGAACAUGCACAAAUCAUACAGGCCCACAAAAAUGCUUAGAAUAGAUCGUCAGAUCUAUGAUCAACAUCAUAGACCAGAUCACCAAAGUAAAACUUGUAUGCAUAUUUUUGUCCCUUUUUCAGAUAUCAAUGUGCCUUUCCACCUUUUGUUUUGCCAACUCUUAAAAGUCCAAAAGAAUAUAUAAUUGUUGCCUUAAAUAUUUUGCGGUGCUUCCAAAUGAUCUUUCCUGACACUGCAUAAUUCUAUUAGCCUUGGAUGUGCAAAAAGAUUGAACCUUACUUCACUUUUUAUUCUUAAAUUCCUCACUUUUAAUGAUUGUCCUUUGGUGUUUCGACCCUUCUUCCUCAGACAAGUCAAAUGAAUCCAUUUGGUAAAUUCCUCUGUAGUUUCUUUUUUCAGUGAUGCUGUUCAUACUUUGCCUGUUCUACAUUUGAAGAAAAAGAGUUCCACAACAGGAAAGAUUAACCGCUUCAUUUUAAGACAUACAAUGAUUUCCAAGUCCAAGUUUAUCUUUUUAAUUUCACCCACCAAUAAAGCAAACUGAAGUAAAUACCUUUUCACUUCCUAUGAGGUAAUUGGUGGACUUUUAUCACCACAUGAUGACGUCACACUGCUUGUUACUGCUGGCCAAUAUGUACAAAGGCAAAAUAAGUGCCAAUGCAAGACUUGUUAAUUUGGAGAUUUCAUAGAAACAAUCUUCACAAACAACAAAAGAGAAACAGAGAGAUUUUCUCUGUGUUAAUGGCUAUCCUGUAAACUGGUGAAAGAGAAUAUAGUGCAAAAAUGUGCCUUCCUUCAUUGAUUGCCUUGUAAUUUCAGCCAGUAGGAGGCACUGUUUCAUCAUGAACUGGUAGCAAAAGCUUCAAUGGCUACUCCCAGUAAGUGGAAAACAUUUGAAUUUCUUCAGGCCAUGAUGUACCUUUGUGUAAAAAUGAAAAGAGGCAAAUUGAAUUUUUGGUGUACAUAGUAAGUAGAAGUUUAUUAGAAUCUGGAAUAUUUCUUUCAAGUAAAAUCUUAUUCUUACUAGGAAUUUGAGUUUAGCUGAGAAUGAAAGCAGUCUCUAAUAGGAAGUGGCCUUUCAAUUUAUCCAUUUGUAAUAUCUGGGAGGAACAUUUCUGAGCGUCUUAUUUGCUCAAUGAAUAACUGAUGGGCAUUCUUUUUCUACUUAAUGCUGUUUAAGCAGAAAUUUCACCAGAAAGCAGAUUCACAACUUCUGUUGCCAUCCUCUGUUUAAAUAUCAACACACAUAUGUUAGCAGGAUUGGAUAACAGAACCUUUGCAGCUGAGAUCAAAUUCAUUCUAGAAUGGUGGGAUUAAAGUCUAGAUUUCUGCUGAUGGUAGAGCUUAUUUUGAAAAUAAGAUGAGAAAGGUCUCAAUGCAUUUCUUCUUGGGAUGUUGCCCAGAACUAUUCAUCAGUCAACACGGAUUUAUUAAGCCACGCAGAAAGUUGAAAUACAUGUUGCCACUUUGGAUACUUAUCCAAAAUAAAGUUCAGACACACUGAUAAGGCAGAGUAGAGAGCACAUCAACAGCUCAUGCUAACAUUUGAUGAUAAAAUGAAAAAAUAUUUAAUUUAUCAAUGUUGACAUCUUUCAUUCUUUUCAGUAGAUACAUGACAAAAUGAACUGUACAUGGAACUUUGUAAGAUUCAAUGUUUUGUAUCAAACAAUCUCUUUACUAAUUUGAGAGAAAUUAGUAUGUUCUGGUUUAGAGUUAGCUAUGUCAAUAAGAAUAAUCUAUGUCUCUGUACUGCACAUA